UAAGUUGGUGUAGUCGGAUGCACUGCCACCUCACACCUCUAGGGUCCCCGAAUCAAUUCAAGAGCUCAGGCUUUGUGUGUGAAUUUAGUGCAUGGCCUUUUUGUGUAUGUAUGCAGUUCUCCGGUUUUCUUCCACCUCCCAAAAAAUAUCCCAGCAAGUUUAUUGGCUACACUAAAUUCCCAAUAGGUUUAAAUGAGGGGGUAAAUGUGUGUGUGUAUUCAAAUCUCACACCCAGUGCUUCUUGGAUAAGCUCGGUAUACAUGUCUACCCUGACCAGAAUGAAGCAAUCACUGGAGGUUGUUUAUGAGAUAGACUCCCUGACUUCAGACCUUCAGCUGGAGGAGAUGGCAAACAGCUCAAAGACUGACACGAUGAACAGCAGUUCGAGCAGUACCACUACCACUACCACUGCCUCCAGCAUUGAGAGAAUCAAAAUUUACCCUGAAGACACCUUCCUCAGACCUCCAUCCAUGGCCUCUGGCAUGCUCACAGUACUGAAGAGGACCCAUCCACCUCUCCCACCCCCUCGCCUGACGCCAGCCCAAGUCGAGGACCGUAGCAGGAGCCUGUCCUCAGGGAACCAAGCCAAAGAGAACAGAACACUCAUGCGCAAUGGCGUCUUCUCUACAAAGCCUAUUAACAUACCAGGCAGAGAUGCAGUACACAUGCCUAAAAGCUCAACAGAGAAAGGACUGUCUCUCGUACCCCUUCUGCGGCACAAAAAAAGUCGAUGUCCGCAGGUGACACGGGAGCGGGUGCGAUUCAGUGAAAAGGUUCAGUACCAUGGCUACUGCCCGGACUGUGACCUACAGUAUGACAUUGACAACACAGAUAUGCACUUACACAGCGAGCUUUUUGACAUGAAACUAAGCCCCAUUCAUCGGUGCUCCUCCAUGGCCCCAGCCCAUGUUCUGAUGGAAAACGGUGGGCUGACCCUCAGUCACAGCUUUCCUCCUUCAACUCAACCUUGUGUGCCUCAUCAUGCUACUCCAAAACCACAGAAAACCAUACUACGAAAAUCUACCACAACAACUGUUUGAUAUAUAGAUCCCCCUAAGAUGAGACAUUAAUUAAUCUUUUAAAUAUUUUAUAUAAUGAAUAAGCACUUUGUACUGCAAUAUCAUAUGGAUUACAUGAAGAUUAAAAUGGCUACGGUGAUGGCUUUUUUCAUUGGGAGUCCAAAGAAAGUAAGUGAUUGGUCCUUUAAUGGCUGAAGAAAUACCAUACUCCCUGCCUGAAUUACAUCAGAAGUCUCGAAGGCUUUCAGAUCACUACCAAAGGCCGCAUCACGGACAAAGAAAAAAGUACGACAAGCAAGGAUACUCACCCGAGCCAUCUACAAUCAGAUAAAUCAUAAUGGCCAAAGGGUAUAACGUUUGUUUCAGAAACAAAUCCGUGAUUUCAAUAGAUAGAUUUGUAAACAGAGAGAAUUGCAAAAAAAAACUUUAAAGAGAAUGAGGGAGUCACUACAAACCUUUUCUUUUCCAUUCCAACAUUGUUUUAUUUCUGUAGCAGAGAUCCAACAGUGACCUGAAAAUUCAUUGUAGCUUAAAUAGCUAUAAUAGAGAAAAGUGCUGUAUUGUUGCUGCUAAAAUCGUGAGAACAUUUCAUAGGGUCUACUUUAAAUUAAUGGCUUUAUAUUACAUCUUAUCUUAUAAUUAGUAUCAUUUUUCAGUAAUAAUUGCAAUGCCCUUUCAAAUAUUGCCUUUGAAUGAUAAGGGUAACCUCUGGAAGGUAUAGAGAAAUGUGCAUUUAAGUGUUGAAACACAGUAUAUGUUUUAUAAAAAAAAAACAUAUAUAUAUACAAAAGAACA